ACUGCGGCGGCGGCGGGGCGGUGCAGUAGGCCAGCGGAGCCCCAGCCUCCGUCGUCAACCAUCCUCGCAGCUGGGUCAGUCAGGAGAGGGACGCAGAUAUGGCGGGAGCGAAGCAUAUACUGGCCACGGGCAAGGAUGGAACAUUCUGCUUGAAUCACAAAAACCUGGAGUCCAUUCUUUUCCCCGAUGACGUCUUGGACAAGCCCGUCGUGGUGAUCUCAGUAGCUGGUGCCUUCCGAAAGGGCAAGUCGUUUCUACUGGACAUGAUGCUUCGGUAUCUUGAGGCUCCGGACAAGACCAACUGGAUCGAUGAAAAGCGAUGCCGGGGUUCGGGGUUUCCCUGGCAGGGUGGCUACAGACGUCACACGACCGGAAUUUUGAUGUGGUCGAAACCAAUCCCCGUCACUCUACCAUCGGGGGAAGAGGCUGUGGUCCUACUGAUGGACACACAAGGAACAUUCGACAACCAGUCGACUGUCCACGAAUCAGCUACCGUGUUUGCACUCAGCACGUUGCUGAGCUCUCUGCAAAUCUUCAACUUGAUGGGCAACGUGCAGAACGAUGAUCUGGAGCAUCUGCAAUUGUUCACCGAGUAUGGCCGCCUAGCCAUGGAAGACAGUGACACCAAACCCUUCCAGAAGCUACUCUUCCUGGUCCGCGACUGGCAAUUCAUCGAUGACCUUGCUCUCGGAGCUAGAGGAGGGGAUGAACUUGUGCGAGAAUGGCUCCGGAACAAAAGCGGUAAGGCAGAGCUAGAGAGGGUCCGAAAGCACAUCAGUGACUGUUUCACCGAGAUCACUGGAUUCCUUCUACCACAUCCCGGCCAGACGGUCGCGAGCAGUGCCAAAUUUGACGGGUGUGCCAACGACAUGGACCCAAAAUUCGCCGACGGACUCAAAGAGCUGAUGCCGAUGCUUCUGUCACCAGAGAGGCUGACCAUCAAGACCAUUGCUGGCAAUACCGUGAAGGCGAGAGAUCUUGUGAACUACAUGGAAAUGUACGUCAGCUUGUUCAAAAGCGGCAAGAUCCCAAAGCCAAAGAACAUCCUUCAGGUGACGGCAGAGGCUAACAACAUGGCAGCAGUUCAAGAGGCGAAGUCACAGUACAUCAAGGACAUGCAAAGUCUGCUGGGUGCCGACGGACCUUCCCUGGACGAAAAUGAGCUGUUCAAACACCACAACGAAGCAGCGCGGAAGGCUGAAAAGGCCUUCAAGAGCCACAAGAAAAUGGGGGACUGGAAAGUGUCGGAAGAGUAUCACACGAGGCUGGUGCUGGAAAUGGAAGAGUGGUUUGGGUACGUGGAGCAGGCAAACAAAAUGAAACGUGAAACAGAGAUGCUAAACGCGGAAAAACACAAUGCGGUCCUGGUGGACACCUGCAAGCAGACAUACACUCAGGAAAUGCAAGAAGUUGCCGGCGAAGAGGUAGCCCACGUUCCUUCCCAACAGCUGGAAAAUGCACACAUCGAGGCCAAGCAAAAGGCCAUGAGCCAGUAUGAUGCAGAGAAAGUUGAACUUGGCAAUGCUGCCACGGAAAGCCGCUUCAGGCUGGUUGAAGUCAUCGAUGCGGAGCUGAGACAAAUGGUGUUCCACAACAAUGUUAAGAAGGAUGCCAGUAACCAAAGAUUUGCUCGGACCAACAUGGACGCAGUACGGCAGUCGAAGGAGUGUUAUCAAUCCAUGAUGAACACUCUGACGCUCAACGAAGUCCUGUCUGACGAAAGGCUGAGGGAAGGGCAUCAGCAGGCUCUAACCGCAGCUUUAGACAUGUUCGAGACGCUCAAAGCGGGUGAUGAGGACAUGUGCGCCGGCUACUUCGAAACCUUGAAAUGCGAUUUAGACCGCGAUUUAAGCGGCUAUGUGCGUGCAAAUGUGCAUAAAACACAGAUGGCGGCCAUCAACGCGCGGGUGGUGGCGCUUCAAAACCAGGUGCUGCAAUCCCAGAGAACGAACACACGGAAAUGUAACAUACUGUAAGCAGGAUUCUCGUGCUGGAUGCUUGGAAAGCGCACAAAGAAGUGGGAGUAAAAGGCGGCCGCCUACAACCACAGAAAUUGCGUCGCAUGACGCACAGUUGACAAGAAGUUAGACCACUGUUAAAUGAUCCGCCGUUGUCGUGUUUGUCUUGAAUGCUUUGGCGCUAGUCGUAUUAGCCAAAGGCUUGGCUGACACGCACGCGUCGUCCGCUACUCUCCGUGUAUCGACAGAUGUGUGCCUUCGGACCAGGAGGUACUUGUGAGGGGUGUUUACAACAGAUAUUGUUACCCACUCGUGGCAGGGUGUGCGGGAAGUGGAUAUGCUUUUUACGUGGAUGUGUACAAUAAACAGUACGUACCGCAUACUGUAAUUAGUAUCAUCUGGACAGAAAGAGUCAGUCAGCGUGUUAAGUAUGAUUUUAGUCAGUUUGUUACCGAAUGUCUGCAGUCUGAGCAAUUCUAAAAUGCUGUUCCGUGAUUUCUGCUCAAACUGUAAAUGGCUGGUCGACGUAACUCAACAAAUACAUACAUGUUUAAAUGCAUGCGAUGCGACUUUGCAUGCAUGCGACUUUGUUAAUACCGUGAGAAAUUACAAGUUGUUGGUACCACCAGGCCCCAGAGCGCGCGAUCACCGAAUUUCAAAGGAAUUUAUGUAUACAUCAGCAAAUGCAUCAGUGCAUGGAUUGAUGCAUGCGUUUACCGGUGCCAGCCGGUGAGCAUGUCCGCCGACGCCGGACGCAUCACAGCGUCUGUAGGCUAGUACGCAACAUUCCUCUCUGCGU